AUGAAGGGAAUUACUUUUCUUUCGCUUUUUGGUGCUGCACUAGCUCAUCCGGCGGGCCUUUGGUGGGGUACCGAUGUCUGCUACACCAGUCCAGACAAUACCGACAAUCAGUGCUCGGAUGUUCAACAGAAAGGCUUUGACUGGUCUGAGCUGGCAAACGGUGACAAUUGGGACUUUGAUGGCUUCCACUUCUCUGGGCUCGAGCCCAAGAAGGGCUGUCAGGGAUCUAAUGACGGAGGCACUUGUCUUGCGGGAAAACUUUCUCGUGAUGAUGACUGGACAAUCGAGAUUUCCGCCACCGACGCUCCAUUCUCAAUCCGAAACUUCCAUCUUUCAACUUCCCGGAGCACGGAUGUCCUCAUAAUCUAUGAGAUGCCUGACGGUUCUUCCUGUCAUCAUGUCGCUUCGAGCUCGUACAGGGGAACUGAUGUCGCCAACGACCAGUGCGGCGGUGCUGUGUCGGUCGAGUUCACGCUUCCCGAAGAGAGCAAGUUCGGCCAUUGUGAUAUCGAGAUCCAUCAGAUCGACUUUGACUGCUCUACUGGAUCCAAGCCGCCAGGUCACCCCGAGCCUAGCCCGAGCCCGACUCCUUCCCAUCCUCCGUUCCAUUGGACCUCGUCUGCUACGCAGGAGGUUUCUACGACUAGCCACUCUUCCCAGAAGAUGACGACUUCCACAGUCUGGACUACUGAGGAGAUCACCAUCACCAAAUGUCCACCAACCGUCACCAACUGCCCUGAUCAUUCCACUGUAUUGGUUACCUCUACAUAUCCAUUGUCCACCACAAUCUGCCCGUCCAAGCCCGCAGAAACGGAUCCUACCACAUCCUCUCAUGUUGUGCACAUACCGAUCACGAGCUCGACUGCUUUCCUACCUCCUUGGACCUCUUCUGCUACGCAGGAGGUUUCUACGACUAGCCACUCUUCCCGGCAGAUGACGACUUCCACAAUCUGGACUACGGAGGAGAUCACCAUCACCAAAUGUGCACCAACCGUCACUAAUUGCCCUGGCCAUUCCACUGUAUUGGUUACCUCUACAUAUCCAUUGUCCACCACAAUCUGCUCGUCCAAGCCCGCAGAAACGGAUCCUACCACAACCUCUCCUCAUGUUGUACACACACCGAUCACGAAAUCCAUCAGCACCACGACCACUACCGAGCCCAGCCCGCCCGCUGUUACUGCGCCUUGCCCCAACGUGGUACCCAAGUGUAUCAACACAUGGCUCUCCAUUCCCAAGUGCGACUCCAACAGCGACGCCGCAUGCUUCUGCCCAUCCACCGAAUUUACAGACAAAGUUAGCGGCUGUAUUCGAGCCUGGAGCAGCUCCAAGGAAGAGGAAGAUUCCGCCCUUGCUUACUUCGCUGGCAUCUGCGCCUCCUUCGUUCCGAAGAACCCUGCUAUUGUUGACAUCGCUACAACCUGCACUUCGUCGUACCCCGUUCCUACGAUCACUGCUGGCCCUCAGAUCACUGACAACACACGUACAUUUGCUGAGACUGUUGGUGUAGCCACCUCUGUCCCCCAGGCUCCUCCUUGUACCACCAUCAGCUGGGCCUCGCAUACGGCAACUGUUCCCCACGUUGGGUUCAGCACGGUCACUUGUUCCUCCACAACUUCUGUGAAUCUGGUGGUUGUUACUACGACCAGUCCUCCUAAGACCAGCCACUAUGCGCAUGUGUCGUCCUCGAAGAUGACAACUCGAUGCAAAACCCACUCCACCUCUCUUCUUACGCCAACUGUUCCUAAGACCACUUUCUCCAAGCCCACAGGAUCCAAGCCAACUGAAACUGUCGUCCUUGCCAAUGCUGGGUCGAAACUACCCUUGUGUAGUUUCUGGGCUUUUGGCAUUUCACUUUUGGCGCUUUUGUUUUAA